CGCAGCCUCUGCAGAGCUAGACAGUGAGAAGAGGAGUUCAUCAGCACUUAGAAGCGCGCUCAGUGUGAACUUGAGCUUGACCCUCCGCACCAGACAGAGCCUCUGAUCAGGCUGAGUGCCGGGAGCAGAAGCCACCUUCCCACCCAACCCACCAUGAGAGUCCUGCUCGCUUCGCUCCUUUUGUGUGUGCUGACCUUAGGCUGCAGAGCUUUGAAAAAACGUGAUUAUGCUUCUGAUUCAGAUUGUGGCUGCUUGAAUAACGGCGUGUGCAUAUCCUACAAGUACUUCAAGAUUCAUCGAUGUUCCUGCCCAGAAAAUUUCAUUGGGGAGCAUUGUGAGAUAGACAUUUCACAAAAAUGCUACAAAGGUAAUGGACACUCUUAUCGAGGAAUGGUCAGCCAGGACAUCUGGGGCAACCCUUGUGCGAAGUGGAACUCACCCGUCUUAUCCUCACAACUGUACCAUGCCAACCGGCCAGAUGCAAUGCAAUUGGGCUUAGGGAAGCACAAUUACUGCAGAAACCCAAACAACCAGAGGAGGCCAUGGUGUUUUGUGGAGGUUGGCAGGAAGCAGUAUGUGAGGGAAUGCAAAGUGCCCCAGUGUCCUACUGAAAAAGGAUUCCAGUGUGGCCAUAAAUCGAUGACACCCCGCUUCAAGAUCGUUGGGGGAAACAGAACGCCCAUCGAGAACCAGCCUUGGUUUGCUGCCAUCUACAGGAGGCAUCCAGGGGGGAGCAUUACCUUUAAUUGUGGGGGUGCCCUCAUCAGUUCCUGCUGGGUAAUCAGUGCUGCCCACUGCUUUCCUAAACUUAAAAGGGGGGAGACCUACUUAUUGUAUCUGGGCCAGUCAAAGCGCAACUCUGAGUCCUUUGGAGCGAUUCCGUUUGAAAUCGAGGAGCUGAUUUUACAUGAGAAUUUCAGCACUGGAGCCAUCGCUUUUCACAAUGAUAUUGCUCUGCUAAAAAUCCGUUCCAGAACUGGUAAAUGUGCGGAGCCCUCCAGAGCCGUGCAGACCAUAUGCCUCCCCCCAGCAUAUGCAGAUAUCCCCUUCGGCAGUGACUGUGAGGUCACUGGCUUCGGAUUUGAAGAGCACAAUGACUACAUCUAUCCAGAAUACCUCAAAAUGGGAGUUGUGAGACCAAUUUCGCACAAGGAAUGUCAACGAGCUGAUUAUUAUGGCUCUGAAGUCACCCUGCAGAUGGUGUGUGCUGCCCAUCCCACGUGGUCUUCAGAUGCCUGCCAGGGAGACUCAGGUGGGCCUCUGGUCUGCCCCAUUGGUGACCGCAUGGCUCUGGUUGGUGUUGUGAGCUGGGGUCUUGGCUGUGCCGAAAAGAACAAACCUGGCGUUUAUGCUCGUGUUUCUCACUUCCUGCCCUGGAUCCAGGCCCACACAGGCCUUUCUGGUCCCAUCUGAGAAGACCUUGGAAGCUUAGGAAGGAGAAGGCCAUGCUACUCCCUCUUGCCCUGAGUCAUCUCUACCAGGCACAUUGGACCCCGAAAAGACACUCCGGAGAGAUGUUCUCUCUAUGUGGGCUUCUUGCCAGGGAACUUGAAGACAGAUUUAACCUUCACACUGGGGCUUAGACGCUGGUUAUCUCGGACCCCUUGGCCAGGGUCAGAAUCAGGUGUUUUAGAGUUUUCACAGAGAUUUUAGGCUGGUAAGAGCAUCUGGUUACUCACUACUGGUGAAUCCCAAACUGGAUCUGGAGAGGAAGAGAUCGGCUCCCCAGCACAAUCUGCCUUCACCAUAGAGCCCAAGUCCAAAUGUUUACAAAAUGUAAUUAUGAAUUGAACUCUGAGAUCGGGGCCCUUGGAGUUCAUGGGACUAUGGCCAGUGUGGAAAUAGACAUCAGGGAUGGGGACCCUAGUGAAAUAGUCCAGUGGACUAGUCAGGAAGUAGAAUGUCCUUAUGCACAUGGCUUUGAAUGUACCCAUCUAUGUGGGCAUUCAAAUGUCCUUUGGUCUUGGGAUGUGUGUGUGCACUUGGGUGCUUCUCCUAGCUGUGUAGACAAUGGUGUAUCCCAGACAGUCCAGGUCUUACCUCUGUUCUCCUGAGGUACCCUCCUCAAUCCUUUUAUGAGGGGGUCUGGGAUGACUGUGACCGACACCGAAUGUCUAGGUUUCUUCCAUAUCCUCAUUCCUCUUUGAUAUUUACCCUACCUGUUUUUCCAAAUCCUACUAUGUAACUUGAGGGCCGGCCCCUUGCGCUGAAUAUUUAAUAAUUAUUUUUGUUAUUUAUUUUUAUUUUUGUAGUAUCACAUGAUCACCAUCAAUAAAAACAUU